AGACGGCCUCGCAGGCGGGUGGUGUCGGCGUAGCUGGCUGGUGAGGGCGGGAGUGAGUGAGUCACUGAGCGUGAGUGAGCGAUAGAAGCAGCGAGCGAGCAGCCCGCGCUGUCCGCCUGCAGCCCUAGUCAGGCCCCGCUGCCCCUCCGCCCCGCGCCGAGGCCGGGCCGAGCCGAGCCGAGCUGGGUCGGGCCCGGGCCAUGCUGCUCACGGUGUACUGUGUGCGGAGGGACCUCUCCGAGGUGACCUUUUCCCUCCAGGUCGACGCUGACUUCGAGCUGCACAACUUCCGCGCACUGUGCGAGCUCGAGUCCGGUAUCCCCGCCGCUGAGAGCCAGAUUGUCUAUGCUGAAAGACCUCUUACAGACAACCACAGAUCACUGGCUUCUUAUGGCUUGAAAGAUGGUGACGUUGUGAUUUUACGACAGAAGGAGAGUGCAGACCCUCGACCUCCAGUGCAGUUCCCAAAUUUACCCCGAAUAGACUUCAGUAGUAUAGCUGUGCCCGGCACGUCAGGCUCCCGGCAGCGCCCGUCACCAGCAGCGCAACAGCCCCACUCAUCUCCUGGAGAAAUAGCUUCAUCUCCUCAGGGCUUGGACAAUCCAGCCUUGCUCCGAGACAUGUUGCUGGCCAAUCCCCAUGAGCUGUCCUUACUGAAGGAACGCAAUCCUCCCCUAGCAGAUGCUCUGCUCAGUGGAGAUCUUGAGAAAUUUUCUAGGGUUUUGGUGGAGCAGCAGCAAGACCGAGCCCGGAGAGAGCAAGAAAGGAUUCGUCUUUUUUCUUCUGACCCUUUUGAUCUUGAAGCUCAGGCAAAAAUAGAAGAAGAUAUAAGGCAGCAGAAUAUUGAGGAAAACAUGACCAUAGCUAUGGAAGAGGCUCCAGAAAGUUUUGGCCAAGUGGUGAUGCUCUAUAUUAACUGCAAAGUGAAUGGACAUCCUGUGAAAGCCUUUGUUGACUCAGGUGCCCAAAUGACUAUUAUGAGUCAAGCGUGUGCGGAAAGGUGUAAUAUAAUGAGGCUGGUGGACCGUCGGUGGGCAGGAAUUGCCAAAGGAGUGGGCACCCAGAAGAUUAUUGGGAGGGUACAUCUAGCUCAGGUUCAGAUCGAAGGGGACUUCCUGGCAUGUUCAUUCUCUAUACUAGAGGAGCAGCCCAUGGACAUGCUUCUGGGAUUGGAUAUGCUUAAGCGACAUCAGUGUUCCAUUGACCUUAAGAAAAAUGUCCUAGUGAUCGGCACCACAGGCUCCCAAACAUCUUUCCUUCCGGAGGGAGAGCUGCCAGAGUGUGCCAGGUUGGCGUAUGGGGCUGGGCGAGAGGACCUGCGGCCAGAGGAUAUUGCAGACCAAGAAUUAGCAGAAGCCCUUCAAAAAUCCGUAGAGGAUGCAGAGCGGCAGAAGCCAUGAUGCAUGUAGUGUGUGUGUGCUGCAGCUGGAGUGGGCCCCAGACCAGAGAAAAGUGGUAAAGAAACUACCUCACUGGGAAUGUCAUCGUUACCAACUUCAGAUGGAUUUGACCAUCUAGCCCAUCCUUCAGGACAGAGUUCUGAGAUUGGUAAUCAUACGAGUGUUCCUCGUUCUGUCUCUACUUCAGUCUGCCCUGUAAAGCCCAGUGAUGCAGCUGGCCUUGACCGUCAAGCUGACAAGGCUUUGAAGGUUUCUGCUGAGUUCCAGAUCGCCUCUGAAGAGAGAGAGCAUCUCCUUCCUCUACAGGGUCUUUCAGCUCAUGCUUCUUCAGCAG